AACUUUUCCCGUUCCUUCGGCAUUACACAACUACAACAUGGACCCAUCACAACAAGCGAAUGUCACCCAGCCUCUUCCACCAGCUUAUCCAGGGCCACCAAACUAUGGUACUAAACAGACUGGAGUGGUUUAUCCCCAACAGCCCGGCUUUCAAGGACAGGCAGGAGUUACAACAAUUAUUCAUACGCAACCAACUCAUAUUGUGAUGGGGAUGAGAUUUUUCGAAGACCCGACUGCAAUGACAUGUCCUUACUGCCAAGCUAGUAUUGUUACAGGCACCACUUACGUUUCGGGGACACUAACCUGGAUUGCUUGUGGCGGUGUCGCACUUAUGGGUGGUUGGCUUGGAUGUUGCCUGAUUCCAUUUUGUAUUGAUGCUCUCAAGGAUGUUAUCCAUUCCUGUCCUAACUGCAACCGUCAAGUGGGUGUCUAUCGCCGAGUGUAGCAGGACACCCAACCAGUAGAUGCAUGACACCUGGGUUAUGCUGUGGGGUUGUAAAUUGUUAUUUAACUCCUAUACCCUAAGCAAGUUUCUUGUUCUGCUUUGUGUAAUUAUCAAUCAAAACUAUAAUCAUGCAAUAUUCUCACAUGUGAUUGGUUAUCAGUAGCACAAUUUUUAGCAGUAAUAGGACAGAGUAUAUAUCAUGAUUGUAAUUAGACAGCAUGAUGGCUAUAGAACAUAUAUUGCAUCUUGCUAGUCGUGCCUUUUCAUUUUAUAGUAAUUGCAUCAGCUGAUGUGUUUCUACUUAUGACUGAAUGUCACUGACAAGUGUUUUUUUCUCAAAUUUUGUCAGUUUUGAUAAACUGGUAAAAGUAGAAUAUGUACAAUGUGAUUAGAUGUACUGGACUCAGUAGGGUGUCUUGGGUUAGUAACAGAUCCAGUUGUUCAAAGCUGGGUUAAGGU